GCAAUUUUCUAACUUUCCUCUAGACGACCGCAUUUGUGUUUCUCACACGGAUAGUGGUGGAAGCGGUUUCAAGGGUUAUCCUUGAGUCCAUCGGUAGUUAUAAAACGGUCCGUUAUAAGUGGAAGGAAGCACAGAACUCGACGAGCUUUCUUACGAGUCAAAUCGCUGUUCUGUGAAGUAUUCAUUGUCAUUUCCAUCUACGGAUCAGUCAGCACGAAUCAUGAACUUGGUUGGCUCCUUUGGUUUUUGCAUUUUUGUUUCGGUGUUGACAAUCGCCCAAUGUGAAGUAAUCGAGUCUAAGUAUGAUAACCAUACGGAGAUUGGUUGUCAAACAGCGCAUCUCGGAAUAACGCAAACCGUCAGAAACAGCAUGUGUCGAGUCUACGAUCGCAUCGUUGAUCUGAAACCCAUACCAGGGUAUCGGUUCGUGCCAUCAAAGGUUUCCGUUAAACGAUGCGACGGCAACUGUCGGACUGGCUUAUCCUGUGAGCCGAUAGAAACAAGGAUGACUGAAGUUUACGUUGAUUUAAAACCUUGGUACGGCCGCAGGAAGAUGAAGCAGUGCGCUGCCGUCGAGGUCGAAGAACACGUCAGUUGCAAGUGAGAAUUGAUCAUUUUCGAACGUUAAUGUUUGUCAAGUAUUCGCUUUCGAGGUGUACGGAGUUAUAGGGAAUUUCAGGAAUCUGAGAAACGCAGAAAAGUCUUGGCACCGUCUAAAAACUCCGGAAUUCGAAUCGAUAUUUUGGAAUGUUAAUACGCACGUUGUUUCGUAUAAUUGCUCAAGAUUUACAAAAAAUUCCUUCCCCGUUGUACGACUCGUGCAACAGCGAAACACUUCUCAUCAUAUUUUCGGAGAAAACCUCCCAACUUGCAUGGCAGUUCGCACCCUCAACUUUUUUCUCAUUGGCAUUCAGCAGUGUUUUUGAGCUGAGGGUACGAACUCACACCCAAGUUGUGUUUUUUUCCGUAAGGGCUCAGAACGCGAAAUCCCACCGAGCCAUUGAUGUCGUAGGGACGAUGCAGAUUU